AUGCAGGCCUUCUACAUCAUAAGCCGUAUUUCAGGCACUCUUCUCUUCGCAAAGGAAUUUUCCGAUGAUCACCCUCAGAAUGAAGAAGCGUUAGAGCCUGUGCUGACCCCUGCAAGAGCAUUUACAUUCUCGCCGUUGAGGAAUCAUAAUGCACUCCUUGGCAACGUGUCUGCCCCACAGCUCUACUGGUCACUAUACCUGAAUAUGAUGGAUGCCGACGUCUACGAAGACACCUACUAUGUGACCAAUGAUGCGCUUGUUGUCUUUGCUUAUUGUCCACACUCCAUUCUAGCGGUCGGUGUGUUUGGGGUUCCUAUGGCCCACCUCUCGUUAGUUGUUGGAUGUCUUCAUAAAGACGAAUUGAGCGACAGCAAGGAUGUAGAUGCACUCUUUCAAACGUCGAUAUACGCCACUGAUGCCAACGACACACUUGACGAGUCCAGCAUCAAUGGUACAUCUAGGAUAGAGAGUGCUGUUGAUGAUUACCGAUUAGUGGAACACGCAGAUGACUACGUUUUUCAUGCCCUAGCCCUUGUACGGCGCCUGGGAACUGGCUUCACUACGGCUUUUGACAAGACGCUCCAGAAAUGCAGCACUAACAUAAAGUCCCGCUUCAUGAGAUUUGAAUCAGUUUUACCUAGCAUACUAGCAGAUUGGUUUGGUCAGUAUAUUCUCCGUAGCAUAAUGCUUGUAAUGUGUCCCACAGGGACUGCACAGCUGCUUGUACUAAAGUGUCAUACUCAUAAGGAUACUAUGCCCAGUUCCAACGAGCCUUAUUUCUGUCAAACGGAACUAGUGGCUCAAGAGCCUGCAACAUUGGCCAAGGCUACUCCACGAGGAGAAGUCCCCCCGAUAGAACAAAAGAGCACAAAUAUAGUGUAUUUCAACACUCCAAUAUUAACUAGAGAGAGCCCUGGCUAUCGGUACUCAAUCCAGAAGACUCCAAGAAGAAGCAAAGUAGUAAGAAAAAGCACUGCAUCCACAGCACAGGCAUACGCAGAAGCCAACACUAGGCAGCCAAACAAUUACUCCUACCGCGUUAUCAAAGCUUAUUUGGAGAUGGGACUUUGCAGUGACCCAGAUAUUCUGAGCAAAGACUUUUAUUGCUGCCUUUCAGACGUUAUAACAACAAUGAUGACGACCGAGCAGACACUGGGAGGGAGGAUUGAGGACGGGUGCGCAAGCUUGUUUAUAAACUUUUCGAGCAUUAAAUAUAGUCUUGUGGUUUUCUGGCAGGACGCCUCUAGAGUCUUGUUUGCACUGGUGCUUAAGGACUCCUCUCUGAACGGGUGCCAUAUUCCUUUCUGGUUUCCAUUCCUCCUGCCUCCCCUCGCGGAACUUUAA